AAAAGCUCUCCAUAUGUCUUGUUUACGUCUGUAAGGAGACUGAUGAGCUAUUGUAUUGCUCUAGAUUUUGUUGGAUAAAAGAUAAAUAGGGUGUCUUUCUUUUUCUAAGAUAAGUGAAGAGCUUCUGAGCUUGAGUUAUUCAAUUGCCUAAAAAUGCCACAACCACCCGACACUCCAGGUUCUCAACGCCUAACAAAUGAUGACUUCCGUAAAUUAUUACAGACCCCAAGGUCUACACCUGCGGGAACUCCUGCUCCUCCCUCAAUUAGAGAAGUCAUUUCUAAUUCCACCACUAUGCCACCUCCCAAAGAGGACAAAAAUGAACUCAGACGAAAAAAGAAAAGUUACUAUGCUAAAUUAAAAAAGCAAGAAGACAACAAAAUGGCUGAACUUGCCGAAAAAUAUAGAGACAGGGCUAGCGAAAGGCGACAAGGCGUGAAUCCCGAUUACCAAGCAGAUGAUCCUGCUCAAACUGCUCAAGCUUACAGAGCUGUAGCUCCAGACUUGAAAUCAUGUUUCGAUGCAGCAGAACGAAGAAAACGAAUGAUUCAAGAAUCCAAGUUUUUGGGAGGUGACAUGGAACACACUCACUUGGUAAAAGGCUUAGAUUAUGCACUGCUUCAAAAGGUACGCAGUGAGAUACAGCAUAAAGAGUUGGAACAGGAAGUUGAGCUGGAAAAGUUAGCUACAAAAACCAUAGAGGAGAAAGAGAAAAAAGAGAUGCAAAAAAAAGAGGAAGAAGAGUUGAAAUUCAAGACGAAAAUUGGACGAGCUAUCUAUCACACAGUACAUGCAUUGAAGUCAAGGCAUAUAGAAAAAUCAGAGCUCUUCAUUCCUGGCAGAAUGGCCUAUGUAAUAGACUUGGAGGAUGAUGCAGAAUCAGAUAUACCAACUACUGUUAUUAGAUCAGUUGCAGAUGUCCCAUCUUUUGAAUUAACAACCACAUUAACCACCAAUGAUAUUGUUAUCAAUAAGUUGACACAAAUUUUGAGUUAUUUGCGCCAAGGCAAUCGUAAAAAUAAAAAAGGCAAGCGCCAUAUCCUUGAGAACAAUAAAGACAUUGAUGUAGAACCUGAAACAAAGAGACAAAAAAGGCCAGAAUUUGAUGAUUCUAUAUAUGGCGAUAUUGGAGACUACAUUCCAACAAAAUCAGGAAAAGAAAAAGAUAAGAGCAAACGUCAGCCUUAUUUCGACAAGAGCGAAGAACAGAUGGAUAAUAAUGCUCCAUCCCUUAAAGUCAACAAGUCUGCACAAAUCUUAAACAAGUUAACGCAAGAGCCAGAGGGUUAUGCUGAAUGCUAUCCUGGUCUUGAGGAAAUGAAUGAUGCCAUUGAUGAUUCAGAUGAUGAGGUUGACUAUUCCAAAAUGGAUCUUGGCAAUAAAAAAGGACCUAUUGGACGUUGGGACUUUGACACUGCAGAGGAAUAUUCAGAUUAUAUGAACCAAAAGGAGGCCCUACCAAAAGCUGCUUUCCAGUAUGGUCUUAAAAUGGCUGAUGGAAGAAGAAGCAGAAAGCAUAAAGAUAAGAACGAAAAGGCGCAUUUGGAUAGAGAAUGGCAGAAAAUACAAAAUAUGAUUCAGAAGAGAAAAUAAUUAUUUUUUAAAAAUUCUAGUUGUAUUUAUAUUAUAUGUUAGUUAGUGUGUGAAAUUUAAAAAAAAAAAUCCGUCCAUACCCAAUCCAAAAAAUUUCUUAGAAACUGGGGCAAAAAAUUUAAUUAUGCCUAAAGUAGCAUUAGGACAUAUUAAUAAAGACUACAUAGAAUACAACUAUCUCAUA